AUGGGCGACAUUCCGAAGAAUAUGGAACAUGUGGAUCGGCGCGAGCUGUACACGUCGCUCCCCGUUCGAGUCCAGUACCUCCAGCAGUUCCUUGAAUUCGGAGCAGAUGAUGUUGUCGCCCUGAUUGAGGGACAGAAAUAUAUCAAAGCCAUUAUUCCGGCCAUCGUCAACAUGGUGUACAAGAAGUUGCUGAAGCACGAUAUCACGGCCCGAGUUUUCAGUACGCGAGACAGCCGACUCGAAGAAAACCCGGUCAAAUGGAUCAAGGAAGACGACGCCCAGAUCCGGCACCGGAAGAUGUUUUUGAGGUGGUACCUCACGAAACUCAAUUCCGAUCCCAGCAAAAUGGAAUAUUGGCAAUAUCUGGAUAAAGUCGGGUUGAUGCACGUCGGCAAAGGACGCCGCAACCCUCUACACGUGGACUACAUCUUUCUCGGCGCGUGUCUAGGCUAUAUCCAGGACUCGAUGACGGAAGCCAUACUCUCGCACCCGCGGCUGGAACUCAUGCAGAAGAUCGCCAUCGUCAAGGCGAUUGGCAAAGUGAUCUGGAUCCAGAACGACCUGAUGGCGAAGUGGCACGUCGAGGACGGGCGUGAAUUCCUGGACGAAGAAGCCGAGGAGGACAUGGAGGCCGAGGCGCGCGAGCCCGAAGGGUACCUCAACGGGAAGCGGAUUUUGGGCAACGGCGCGGCGGGCGGCCACGACAACGACGACAGCUCGAUCGCGCCCACCGUGUCGUCGACGUCGUCGGAGAAGAGCACCACCAGCCUCGGCCGCACCAUGGAGCAGGUGCGUCUGUCCAACGAACAGCAAAAGAUGACCUGUCCCUUCAGCGGCAUGGUGAGCACCGCCGCCGAGGACAUGGAGAAGCAGCGCGCCGCCACGUGGCGCCCGAGUCGGCGGGAGCUGGUGCAGGGCGAGCCGACGUCGCCUUCUCGGCCGCCGACGGGCAUCCCGCGGCUCCGGGUGAUUGACGGGAAGACCAGCUGCAAGGAGAACCUUGAGCAGAAUCCGUUUGUAUAA